AAUAAAAAGUCGUGAAAAAAUUAUGACAUGUGCUGGUUUUGUGUCAUAAAAAACGAGACUAAAGUGAAUUUUUAUUAGUUGUAAUAGUCUCUCUCCAGAAAAUAUAAGAAACAGGAAACCGAAAAAAAAACAAAAUAUUUACAAAAAGUGACAUUGUAUCCCGUUUCAUUGUUAAUGAAAACCGUCGUUUAAACUAUAACGAACACACAUGCUAUUUACUAUCUCUAAAAAGAAUUUACAUACACAAAGUCUCGUCGCUUCUACUACAGACAGAGACUUUUAAGUCACAACUUUAAACAUUUCGUGUGAUUUGUUAAUUAUAGAACUCUCAUGUAAAUAAUUAAAAAGGGAGACGCUUUUAUUGGAUUUUGUCAUCAACGUCACAGACAUUGAACCUGAGAGUGCAGCAAAUUUACGAAAAUUUUAAUUCAAUUGUGUGAAUUUAAUCGACGCAAAGUCACAUUUUUCAUCUGUUUUGUGAAUCCGUCUCUCCGCUUACUCAUUUGCACCAAAAAUAACUCAAAGUACAUAACAGGAAGAGAUUUUCUUCUUGAAAGAGCAUAAGAACGGUUUUAUAUAAGCGAUUUUUUGCGUAAAAAAACUAAAUAAAUCAGUCGAAAACCGAGUGUUGGCAGCAAAAGUUCGUGUAGAAGCUGCGAAUAAUUAUUUAUAGUGAUGUCUUUUGUUGAAUCGCGUUCAAAGUGUGAAGAAAUAAUGCAAAUAAAACGGCAAUAAUGGAAAAAUUAAACGAUAUGCCCGUGCCAGUGAGUCGUAAAUGUUCCUUUACCUAUGCCGGCGGCGAGUUACAACCCAUAAACGACGUCCCGAGCGACGAAAACUCAUUAAACGUGUCAUACUCGAGUCUCGAGUCGCAUUUACUCGCGGAAAACGUCACAAGUACGCCGUGCAAUAAAUCGCAAAAGAAGAAAAUCGCAUGUGACUCGAGUAAUGGCUUCAAAAAUACGAUCGCCGUGUUGGAGCGCCAUGUGAUGCAACGCAAAUUAUGGUCCAAAGAUGUCUCGGAUGCCAAUGCCGACGAUCCCUCGAGCCUCGAACUGCAACUUCUCGUCAUCGAACGUCUCAAAAGUGUCCGGGAGAACUCACGGCUCGCUUGGUUCCUCAUGAAUUACAUAAUUUUCACCGAUAUCAACAACGGCACGAAACGCGAACAAAAGCAACAAAAUAUCGAAAAACUCGCCAAGAAUCUGCAGAGUGACACGAACGACUAUUUGUACCACAUUGCACGCGAAAAAAGCGGAUUGUUGUACUUGAAAGUUGUCAAAUCGCCGACAUCGUCGUCGCCAUCGUCGCCGCCGCCACUCGAGAAAGUUUUAAGUGGUGAUCGUGUCAGUCAAAUGACUCGGACAUUCGAUGAUCCAGAAGCUAUUUCAAGGCUUUUAGAAGAAAAGGAAAAAGAUUUAGAGCUCACUGUACAAAUUGGCAAAGAGCUACUUGCACAAAAUAACACACUCGAAAGUCGCGUCGCUGAAUUAGAAGCAGAACUUGCCAAGACGUCGGAAAAUUUGAAUCAACUCACGCACGAUUUGCAGCAAAAGAACGAACUAAUUAACGUGUUAACCAAUGAUCUGGAUGAUGGAAGUGAAAAUACAACCCCAAUUGGUGCCCGCUCGAUAAACGUCGACAUCCUUCAACGCAAAGUCACACAACUCGAAACGGAGAACAAACUGCUCCGCGUCGAGGCAGAACAAAUUGCCAACGAGACAACCAGUGUCGAGGAACAAGAACGGAAGCUCAUGGACGACAUUGUCUACCAAUUGAGCACGGCAAACAAUGAAUCGCACGCCAUUCGGCUCGAGCUGGAACGCUACAAGGAGGAAAAUCGCCUUCAACAAGAGCAAAUAAUUCAUCUAACGGCCCGCUUACAUUCCACAGAACUUCGUUUGCACGAGUUGUUAUCGGAAAAUGAGGAAACGUCGUCGAUGCUGCACAUCACAAAGGAAAACCAAAAUGCCCUUGCCAUCGAAUUGGUCGAGUUUAAGACGAAAUAUCAGGAAGUCUUGACUUUACUGCACGAUGCGCAAGAUCAGUUGAAGAAACAAAAGCGCCGCGCCGUGCCCAUGGUUCGAAGUAGUCUCAUUGCGACAUCAUGCGGAGCCCGAGAUUCGCUGCAAUCGGAACUCAUGGAAACGUCGAUGUUAUCGGAAAAUAGUUUGGAUUCGGGAAUUAUGUCAGAUCGCCCGUUAAUGCAUCCAAAGGGCAAUUCGGAGUUCCAAAAAGUCUUCGAAACAGUCAAAUACGCAAAUACCCAUAUGACGUCGUCAUCACAUGACGGCUUCUCGAGCAGCAAUAUGUCAGUGUUGUCGUCCCAGGGCUCGCAACCCCGCAUGUCGCCCAUGCUUCUCAGUUCAAGUGCCUCGCAAGCCAGCAAUCAGCGGUAUUACAGUCAACGGCAUUCAAGUAUUUACGGCAAUUUGUCGUCAAACACGACGGCAAGCGGCUUGGGCGACUGCAGUUCAAGCAUUUCCGGUUCCUUAUUCAAGUCAGAUCUUGCCGACAUUUCGGGCGGCGUCUCAAGUGACGAAGGUUAUUCCGCGCCUGCUGGCGUUCCUGGAUGUCCCGGCGCCAAAGAUCUCGAAGCGGCGAUCAAGAGACUCACCCCUGCUGAAAUUCUCGCAAGACGUGCUGUUUUAAGUCACGGCGCAACAGGAAGUUUAUAUUUGGACGACUCAACGACGGCGCAAGAACCGACAGGAAUGCGAACGCCUGAUAGUGUGUUAUCGGGAGGCUCGUGUCAAACGGGAGUCUCGAGUUUGUCGUCGAACACGUGGAAAUUGCCGGAAAAAUUACAAAUUAUUAAGCCAAUUGAGGGAAGUCAAACACUCUUCCAUUGGCAAAAACUCGCAACGCCGACUUUGGGAGGCAUUUUGGAAGAAAGAGCGGGCGUUGCGGUCAAAGGAGGACGAACACUCGAUGAAUUGGGCUUGCAAAUGUACUCGUUGGAAGACGUUGAAGAAGAUGAGGAACUGAUGCCGACAAAGAGAUUCCAACAAAGCGCGUAUACGAAUACUUUUACGAAUAGUAUGGUAAUGCAUCCGGAUGAUGGAACAGCGUCAGUUACGUUUAGUCUCCCGCCGUCUCAAAUGUCAUCACAGAUUAACAGUGCUUGUAGUAGUCGACAACCAAGCGCCCCCGCAACACCUCGUGCUUCCCUUUCGCGUCGCAAUUCCUGUUCGACGUUCUCGGUGCACAUGGGUCUCGCCUCCGUCUUGAACGAACGCGGCAUAAAAGCUGUGACGCCCAGCGUCUUAAACACACCAACUGGCCCGAAUUACUCCCCAACUGUGACACCUUGCAAUUCACCCGACGGCAGUCCAACACGCGAAAUGAGCGACGCUCCCCUAAUUUCGGGUCUUCUCGCAUCCGGUGCCGAAUUACUUCGUCGCAAACUCAUCGGCGUACCUGUGGAACGUCCCUCACGCCUGGCAGCGCGCAACAAACUCGCAUUGUCCCGUUUGGAGAAAAAAGCUCUCAAAUCCAUCAAAAUUUUGGAAAAAGUCGAGUCAAUUGGCGUGGAUAACAUCAUGGCACCGCCAACAACUGUUUCGCCGCUCGCAUUGCACAGCACCUCGAUGUAUCAGGGACGCGUUCGUCGCAGCGACAGUCCCAUGACGCAACUGACGAAGCAUUUAGGCAGCGACGCAUCGAGCUCAAGUACCGGAGCGAUCAGCAAAAAACCUCCGAGACCCGAAGUUACGCGAAUUCCCAAAGAAACAAUUCGCGCCGUGCUAAAUAAAGGACUUGCGGCAGCGGAUGACGACAUGGAUACUGACACAGAAUCGAGUGUAACGUCUUCAGUAUUAUCGUCAGAUGAGCCGAAAGCGGUUGCGGUAUCACGACAUCGCAGCAGAAGUCGCUCGUCGCACAAUAAUGCGUCAAAUAGCGGCGCAGCAACGAAAAAGGGACCAACUGAGACAUCCGCUUCGGUAGCUGAUAGUUGCGUUCGACGCAUGCAACGCCAAAAAUCCCGACGACAACUCAUCCACGGAGGACAGGGGGCACGCAGAGCUGAUUUGGGCACCGUUAACUCCACGCAUCGCUCAUCCAUGCAAGACCUGGGCAACGUCGAGAACCAAAAACCCGAAACCCAUGAGGGCGGAAUUUUCGCACAAGGCGUCGUUGGUACCCUCAGUUCGUUAAUUUUCGGCAGAAAAGGAGGUUUUACUUAAAAAAAUAGUUUCGAGAGUCUGCUUUUGUUCGUUUCGCCAUGAAAAAAUGAGAUACGAACAAAUUCGUGUUAAGAAAAAAAAAAAUUAGUUCAUCAUUCAAAAAAGUCUAGCUAAUACUAUUCAAUAGAAAUAGUCUAGUUAUAGAUCGAGUCAUGCCAAAAUCCUUAAUUUGAAGCUUUUUUCAUUCAAUUGAACCGAAAAAUUUACUAACUGCCGCGCUUUUCAUUUAAUUCUUGUUGUAUUAUAUUUGUAUGUUUAAAAAUUUAAACACGCUUUUUUGUCAUCCCUCAAUUGGAAGCCUGAUAUUUUUUUAUUUACCUUAACAAACAACAAAACUGUUAGAAUUUAGUCUUGAUUUAGUCAAAAAGGAGAAACAACGAUAAAACGUUACGUUUAUUAAUUUAAAGAUUUGCUAUACAAAUAAUUUAUUGUAAUAUUUUUAAUUUUUAUUUAAAAAAAUAUACAAAAAAUUUGUAAAAAAUUGCUUUAUUAUAUAUUUUGAUAUCACAAUAAUUUCUCAUAUUUUAAAAAAAAAAUUGUAAAAAAAAAGCAUUUUUCUCAUUUUCAAUAAAAACACAUGAAAGAUCAGAAAAGAGAACGAAAAUAGUGAUAAAAAAAGAUCCUAAAUUAAAAAAAUAAUAAAAAAGUAUAGAAAGCCUGUUAAUAGAAAGUAAAAAAAAAUAUGAGAAAAAAAAAAUUU